AUGACUAUCGGUUAUCGACACGGUCUUUCUAUUCUCGAAUUGGUCUUCUACUUUCUCAGUUUGUUUGUCGCAGUGUUCCUCGUCGUUCGACAUGGCUUCCGCACGAAUAGUGGCUUUCUCUUUCUGGCCAUCUUCGCCCUGGCUCGGAUCGUGGGUGCAUGCUGUGAUCUCGCCACGAUAAACAACCCCUCCGCUGGGCUGUUCACUGCCGCUGCGAUUUGCAGCUCUAUCGGCCUCUCUCCGUUGAUGCUCGCCUGUGCCGGUCUUCUCUCUCGGGCUGACCUCUCCAUUGAAAAGAUGACUGGGCGGAAAGCUCUCCCAAAUCUCACCUUCAACAUCUUUCGCCUCGUCACCAUCGCUGCCUUGGCAUUGAGCAUCGCCGGUAUCACCGCCAACAUGUCCCCCUCGGGUUUUCAGACCCCCGACAGCAAGGUCAAGAUUGGCAUGGCUCUGUACGUCCUCUGCUGGGCGAUGAUGGUUGCAAUUCUCGUCCUUCUGAGUCUGCGACGGGGGGAAUCGAAACAGGCGAAAAGCGUACCUUGCUGGCCGUUGCCUUCAUUUAGCAUGCUGGAUGGCAAUGUCACCGCUCUGUUGAUGAUGUCUGUGCUGGAGGAGAUCAUCGUCGUCAUCAUCUGUCUUUCCGUGGGUAUGACUCUGCAGGUGCGUGCGCGAGGCAAUCAGGAACAGGUGGACCGAGGAGAUGAUCUGCCUUCUUAUCAAUCUGGCAAACCGUGA